ACGCAACAUUUGAACAACUGUCUUAGUUCUACAAGAGGAACUAUGCAUGAACAGUCCACUAAACCAAAAAUGGCCGAUAAAGAGGUAUCGCAAGCAACAGAAAAAGCCAACGAAAACAGUCCACCCAUACAGCUCGUAUCACAAGGUCGUCAGGCGAGUAAGAAUUCUACACAGUCGUUCAUUCCAGUUCUUGAUUUGAGUCAACCCGAAGAAAAGCAGCAAUCUGAGCAAGUCAUAGAUAUUAUCGAACCGGAAGUUCCUCAAGGUUUGAAAGUUGUGUCACCUUUGGAUUCAGCACCAGCCAAGCUGUUGUCUGAACGCAGUGAACAUUCUGAAGACCAGGAAAGCUCACAAGGGCUGGCAAAACCUCUUACCAAGGACGUAGUACAGCAACCAGAGUCUUCGUCAGCUCAAAUAGAACAAAAUGAAAUAUCUGUACCAUUCAUCUCUGCCAGGCUGAAACAAAAAUUUUUGGAAUAUCAACGACAACGACAACAGCAGCAGCGGCAACUUGGGCUUAAAAAGAACUCUCAGUCUGAAGGCCAAACGGAGUCAUUCUCAUCGCCGAUGCGAAAAUCGGAUCGGGCACAAAAUGGCAAAAAGCCAGAAUACAUUAGAGUAACUCAUAACACUCCUUCGGUCAAUCAAGAAUGUGUUGAAAGCAGAGGCGUUGAAAUGGCAAACCAAAAUAGCAUUCAACACGAGAUUGCAGCCUUGCGAGAAAUAUUGGAAAAUUAUAGGGAAAUGAGUAACAAGGAGUCAUUUCUUCGUUUAUCUAAUGAUACUUGGAACGCAGAUACUUUGAACAUCGCAAGUACGCAAGGAGAUGAGGGGAAAUGGACCGCUCUCUUAACAAACCAUACAUCCACUCCUAAUCAUGACGAAAAAGUUAGGAUUCCAUAUGAACAAAAAGACACACAAGUAUUUGCAGAAAAGAAAGAACAGAAAGACAAUAGCAGUGUUACUGUACUUCAGUCAGCAGCAUUGUCAAGACAAGAACAUAGCUCAUUUGUAGAAGAAGAAGGCUCAGCUCCAUCUUCUGUUCUUUUACCAGACUCUUUUACCAAUAAUAUACCUUCUCCACCAUAUCAUGGUAAAUUUUCUUUUCGAUCCUUCUUCGAUGUACAUUCGAAUCAUAUUCAGAGAUUAGAACACUGUCUUCAAGCGGCAUACAAAGGAGAUGUUCAGCAGUUCCUUGUUUUCAUUUCAGAAACGCCUAGUCGAAAUUAUGUAGAUUUGUUAUUCUAUUGUCUGGAGAGAUUGCUUUGUGAUGCUGAUUCAAACCCUAAUAGAAAUGCUGACCGCAUUCACAAUUUGGAAAUGAGAAUCUUGGAAGAACAAAAAAAAGCGGGGCAGAAUCUUGAUGAAAUUCAAACCAGACAAGCAACUAUCAGUGAUGAAAUUGAAGAUUAUCAAGCAAAAUUAAGUAGAACGGAACUCGCUCUCAAGGUUGCAGUGACAGAAAAGAGACACUUGGAACAUCGCCAUCCAUCAAUAAAACUUUGUGGAUCCAUGGAAGAUGAAAUAGGAAAACUGGAGAGCCGACAAAGACAACGCGAACGACAACUUCAGAGACGUAUGUCUCAAAAGGAGAAACAUAUUGAACAACUACAACAAAUACUUGCUAGAAGAGAUAAAAAAAUUGGACUCGUUUAUUCCGAAAUAACCGAACUGUUGAAGAAUAUAGAAGAAGUACAAGAUAACCUGCAAGUAGUUCAUUGAUAUUCUCAGAUAGAAGCAGUAUGGUUACUU